AUGGCAAAUAUAGGCCAAGCAUUACCGCUUCAUCUACCAAAGUUAUGCGAGAGGUGUGCAGAAUGGUUGAAUUCUGCUAAGGGAGGAUCAUAUUGUCAAAAGGUCACAAUCUUUAAUAUCAAACAUUCUGAGUGGUAG